AGGACUCGAUAGAAAAAGGACCGGAAUAGUGAACUCGCGUAAGUGCGAAUUGCUAAAAGAAUUUGCUAACAAAGACAACAGAACUACUUAAACUCAUCUUGAAUUUUGUGCUCUGAAGGCUAAUUUUUUUAAAAAACAUUAAAAUGGAACAAAAAAAUAUGUCACUGAAAACAUUUUCUCCUGAAGAGCAUGGCUUAAAAGAAUCAUUUAGACUAACAGAUUACACUAUGUUAAAAGGGUGAGGGUGCAAGGUACCUCAACAGGAAUUGCUCAAACUGUUAGAGGUACUAAAGCAUGACAGCAGUUCAUCUAACAAUGACAUGACAUCUAAUGAUGAUUCGUAUGGUUUUCUUGGAAUUGGUUUAGAUUCUUGUAUAAUCCCAACACGUCAUAAAGAUAUAAAACUUGUUCAAACAACAGAUUUUUUUUACCCUCUUGUUGAUGACCCUUACAUGCAAGGAAAAAUUGCUUGUGCUAAUGUUCUAAGUGAUUUAUAUGCUACAGGUAUUUCAAAUUGUGAUAAUAUGUUAAUGCUGCUGGGUGUCAGUACUGAUCUAUCAGCUUUAGAGCGUGAGGUUGUUACAAAGCUUGUUAUUCAAGGUUUCAAAGAUCUUGCAAAAGAAGCUGGUACAACGAUUAAUGGUGGACAGACAGUCUUAAAUCCCUGGUUUAUUAUUGGAGGUGUUGCAACAAGUAUAUCAAAUUUAAAUGAAAUAAUUUUACCCGAUGGAGCAGAGGUGAAUGAUCUGAUUGUUUUGACAAAGCCAAUUGGUACACAGGUUGCAGUUAAUGCACACCAAUGGUUACAUAAGCCUGAAAGGUGGGUAAAAAUAGAACAAGUUACUUCUAAAGAGGAGGUCGAAGUCGCUUAUCAGAAAGCAAUGGCCAACAUGGCUCGACUUAAUAGAAAUGCUGCAAUUUUAAUGCACAAGUAUAAUGCCAAUGCAGCUACUGAUAUUACUGGCUUUGGUAUCUUAGGUCAUGCAAAGAAUUUAGCAAAAAGUCAGAAAUUAAAUGUCGAUUUUGUAAUUCAUACUUUACCAAUCAUUAAAAAUAUGUUUAAGAUUUUCUUAUCAAGUGGAGUAAAUUUUAAACUGACUGAUGGCUACUCUCCGGAAACGUCAGGUGGUCUAUUUGUUUGUUUACCGAAAGAAAAUGCACACGCAUACUGCGACGAAUUAAAGGCCCUGGAUGGAUAUGAUUCUUGGAUUAUUGGAGAGGUGGUGACCGGAAAUAAAGACGCACGAAUUAUAGAAGAUAAAAAAAUUAUAGAAGUUUAGAUGGACUUUAAUUAAUUAUAAUGCCAGUGUUUAUGGCCUAAGCAUUGUCUUGUUUAUUGAGCAAAACAUUGACAUGCGCUAAAAAAUAUUCAUUUUUGCUGAUGACGUUAUUUUUCUAAAUUUAAUUGAUGAAACUUAACUGAUAUAUAAAGCAAAAGUAAAAAUUUAUUUUUUUUCAAA